AUGUCCUUAGUAUGCUCAGGAUCCUAUGAAGCACUUUUGAACCCAACAUCUAUGACGAUGCGAUCGUACAUUCUACCAAGUACAGCAGGCUCAAAUGAGCAGAGCACGAUGUCGUUGAGCCCAUCUUGCAUGGCACAAACAUCCUGCGAAACUUGCCUUGCCUUCACAUUUAACGGACUUUUAUGUGAAUGGAACCCAAUGAUCCGACAGUGUGUUCAGCAAGGAACUUCUUCGAUCGUCAUCAAGUUGAACCAGUGCGUGGCCAGCCCUCCUCCAUUGACAGGGAGCAAAGAGCUUGCAAAAAGCUUUGGUCCCAUCAUUGCAACCUUUUUCAUCAUAGGGACUGUGGUGCUGGCUUACGUGUACAACACAAGAUACGCAAACAAUCAAGCCCCCAUGAUAGAGCGAGAAAGUAAUUUGAUCCGACAUUCAGACAAGUACGAACAGAAGAGGCAUUGGGAUCCUCGACUGGUUCAUCCAAGACCGAUUGAAAGGGGACCCAAGGGUGAAGUGGACUACCAGAGUGAGGUCAUGCAGAAACGGCUCGAGGACCCCAAGACUCCUUACCAUUUGAUGGAUGAGGAGACGGUUGCAAGACAUCAUGAGAAGCAUGGAUAUGUCACGGAAACACAAAUAUUAUCCUGA